AUGGUUUCAGAACACUUGCACAACACCCAGAAAGACCCUGCCGUCUAUGCCACCUCCAACGGUGUGCCAUACCCCAACCACCCCUACGGAUCGCAGACCGCUGGUCCUGGAGGGCCCUUGUUGCUCCAGGACUUCAACUUGAUCGACGAUCUCUCCCACUUUGACAGGGAAAGAAUCCCAGAAAGAGUGGUCCAUGCCAAGGGUGGAGGUGCCCACGGUUACUUCGAGUUGACAGACUCGUUGUCGGACCUCACCUACGCUCGUCCCUUCCAGUCUGUGGGCUACAAAUGCCCUAUUUCCAUCAGAUUCUCCACAGUUGGAGGAGAACGUGGGACUCCUGACACCCUCCGUGAUCCCCGUGGUUUCUCGAUCAAGUUCAAGACUGACAUCGGAAACAUGGACUGGGUGUUCAACAACACCCCCGUGUUCUUCAUCAGAGACCCCAUCAAGUUCCCCAAGUUCAUCCACACUCAGAAGAGAGACCCCUCCACCCACUUGAACCAGAACACAGACUCUACCCACACCUGGGACUACUAUGUGUUGAACCCGGAAAGUAUCCACCAGGUCACCUACAUGUUCGGCAGAAGAGGCAUUCCUAAGAGUUGGGCUGAAAUGCACGGCUAUUCUGGCCACACCUUCAAAUUCAUCAACGACAAAGAUGAGCUUACUUACGUGCAGAUCCACAUCAAGGCUGAUGGCGGGUUCCCCACGCUCUCCAACGAUGAAGGUGCUAAGUUGGCUGGUUCCUCGCCAGAACACAACAUCAAGGACCUCUACGACAGAAUCGCCGCUGGAAAGUAUCCUGGCUACACCACCUACGUGCAAACGAUGACAGCCAAGCAGGCUGAAGAGUUCAAGUACUCCAUCAACGAUUUGACCAAGGUCUGGCCCCACGACCAGUUUCCAUUAAGAAAGUUCGGAAGAAUCGUCUUGGACAAGAACCCAGUCAACUACCACGAUGAAAUCGAGCAGCUCGCGUUCUCUCCUGCCCAUUUGGUUCCAGGUGUGGAGGCUUCUAAUGACCCAGUGUUGCAGUCCAGAUUAUAUUCAUACUCCGACACUCAUCGUCACAGAUUGGGUGCUAACUACCAGCAAUUGCCGGUGAAUAAGCCCCGUACAUUCGAGCAAAACUCGGGAUGUCCUUUCUUAGCUGGUAAUUUCCAGAGGGACGGUGCCGCAUCAAUCGACGGCCAGGGCUUUAGACCCAACUACUUGAGCUCAAUUCUUCCACUUAACUCGGUUUCAAAUGAUCCAAAAACUUUCACCAACGGAUUGCCUCAGGUUGAGGACGCUAAGUACGUCGGUGUCGUUCAAGCCAAGGAUACUGACAAGUAUACCAUCUUGCAGAAGGAAAGAGCCAAGAGAGCGCACGAAGAAGCCAUUUGGUUGAAGUCUUACGACUACAUUUCUGGUAUUGAUGAACUUGACUUUGAACAGCCAAGAAAAUUGUACCAAGAUGUGUUCACUAGCGAUGAGAAGAAGGAGUUCGUGGAAGCUGUAGUUGGGCACGCUUCAAGUAUUUCCAUUCCACGCAUCAAGGAAAGAGUGCCACUUUACUUCGGCUUGCUUGAUGCCGAUUUGGGUAAGAAGAUCGCUGACGGCUUGGGUGUCAAGUUCCAGCAUUUGAACCUUCAAGAAUAUGUCAAGGAAGUUGGUAUUGCUCCAGCAAACUGA